CCACCACACACCACCCCACACACACCCCACACACACACACCCCCACAUGCACCCUCAGGAGCGGGCUUCCUCGGACACUGGCUCCGCCGCCCAUGACUUCCUGGACGCCGGUUGCUACGACUACAUGGCUGCGGCCCCCCCAGGCUUCUACGCGGCCCCCCCCCACCCCGAGGUGGGCUUGCCCAUGGGGGGGUCCGGCAGCCCCCUGGCCCUCCUGCCCUCCAGCCCACAGCUGCCCCCCUUCCACAACCACCCCGCCCCCCCACCUGCUCUCUACCUGGACACGCCCGCCAGCUCAGCAUACAGGUCGAGUGAGCAUGAGGAGUUAAGUGGCGGCCCCUGCAGGCCAGAGGAGUAUACUGCAGGAGCGGCUAAAGAGAUGCGCUACUGCCCCUCCAGGCCAGAGGAGUGUACUGCGGGAGUGGCUAAAGAGAUGCGCUACUGCCCCUCCAGGCCGGAGGAGUGUACUGCGGGAGCAGCUAAAGAGAUGCGCUUACCGGCGCUCUGGUCCUGCGAGGGCUGCAAGGCCUUCUUCAAGAGGAGCAUCCAGGGUCAUAAUGACUACAUGUGUCCGGCCACCAACCAGUGCACCAUCGACAGGAACCGCAGAAAGAGCUGCCAGGCCUGCCGCCUCAGGAGAUGCUACGAAGUGGGCAUGAUGAAGGGAGGGUUCCGUAAGGAGCGUGGCAGGAGGGUGAUGCGGCGGGAGAAGCGUCCUCUUGGCGAGCGAGCAUAUGGCGAGCCACUGCAAAGGCCAGCUUCCUUGCUGGGGGGCCUGCGGAGGCUGGCAGUGCCCUCUGGUGGCCCGGGGGAGGUACUGCAGCUACUGCUGGUGGCGGAACCCCCGAUGUUGUGCUCACGCCAGAAGCCCUCGCAGCCCUACACCGAGCUCAGCAUGAUGACACUCCUCACCAGCAUGGCCGACAAGGAGCUUGUCCACAUGAUCGCCUGGGCCAAGAGGAUCCCAGGGUUCCAGGAGCUGUCCCUGCAUGACCAGGUGCACCUACUGGAGAGUUCGUGGCUGGAAAUCCUGAUGAUCGGGCUCAUCUGGAGGUCCGUCCACUGCCCAGGGAAGCUCAUCUUUGCCCAGGACCUCAUCCUGGACAGGAAUGAAGGGAACUGUGUGGAGGGCAUGGUGGAGAUCUUUGACAUGCUCCUUGCCACAGUAGCUCGCUUCCGCACCCUCAAGCUCACACCUGAGGAGUUUGUGUGCCUCAAAGCCGUCAUUCUGCUCAACUCAGGUGCUUUCCCCUUGUCCUCAAGCUCGGCGCAGCCACUCCAGGAUGGCUACAGUGUGCAGUGCAUGCUCGACAACAUCACCGACGCCCUCAUCUACUGCAUCAGCCAAUCAGGCACAUCUGUGCAUCUGCAGUCUCGCCGGCAGGCUCAGCUCCUGUUUCUGCUCUCCCAUAUCAGGCACAUGAGCAACAAGGGCAUGGAGCACCUCUACAGCAUGAAGUGCAAGAACAAGGUGCCGCUGUACGACCUGCUGCUGGAGAUGCUAGAUGCCCACCGCCUCCAUACCCCAGGGAAGGUGGCACCUGACUGGGCUCAGGAUGACAGGGCAUCCCCCCUCACCCCCAACCAUCCUGUGGCCACCGGGCUGUACUGCUCCUUGAGCCCUGCGGUCUAGUAGUCCCCCCCACAGCACCACAGGCUCCAACCCAGAGGCAGAGGACUCCAGAGAAGCGUCCUUGAGUUCUGCUCAUAGGAACAUGUGUAGACAGCAGAACAUUUACAUGUUCUUAAAUGUUUUUUGGCUCUAUUGAGGUGUCAGGACAUCUGCUGUAUAUAAAACAUAUGAAGACAAGCUGAAGAAACUUUAAACUGUACAGUGUGUUAAAUCAGAGCUCUCCUUGGCAGCCUGUAGGAGUUGUUAGGCCUCUUCUUCCUCUAAACCAGAGGCUGAAGUUUAGGACUCCAGAGGCUGUAGGCUAGGAGUCCUCUUCCUUUGCACCUGAAGAUGUGUUAAGUGUGAUAACCCUCAACACACACACACACAACAUUCUCACAUCUACACACAACACACACAUCUAUACGCAACUCACACAUCUACACAACACACAUUUCUAAAACGGUUAGUUCCAGGCCUUGAUUAUGAUUGGCUGAAUUGUUCCAGACCUUGAAUAUGAUUGGCUGAAUUGUUCCAGACCUUGAUUAUGAUUGGCUGCAUUGUUCCAGACCUUGAUUAUGAUUGGCUGAAUUGUGUUCAACGCUGUUAUAAAACCCCAACACAACCCUUCAAGUCAAAGUUAAAUGCUGCGUUUCAACGUUGCUUGGCAACCAUUCCGAUAGAGGAGAUACUGUAUAUUUCUUGACGUUAGAGUGAUUAUCUAUGUAUUAAUCUUUACAUUUCCCGUUGCUGUGCCUUUAUUUUAUGAAAUCUUGCCAGCGAUAUGUAGUAACCAUUUUAGAAAAGCAAUAAGCCACUGGAGUCAGUAGGUUACACUUAUUUUGGAACAGCUAAGGGGGUUUUAUAACUGCCUACAUUUCAAACACACACAACACACACACAUCUACACACAACACAUCUACACAACACACACAUUUACACACAACAUACACACAUCUACACUACACA